AUGAGCUUAAUGAAGAAGAAUGAGACUGAUGUAACUGAGUUUAUCUUUCUGGCUUUUGGAGAAAUCCUUCAUCUGCAAACCUUCCUAUUUCUGAUAUUUCUAGCCAUCUAUAUUUUGACUCUGACUGCCAACUCUGUCAACAUUCUUCUGGUAAUGACUCAUCAGCAUCUUCACACACCCAUGUACUAUUUCUUGGGGAAUUUGUCUUGUCUUGAGAUCCUAUACAGCUCAGCCAUCCUACCCAAAAUGCUAGCUAUUUUGUGGACAGGAGACAUGACCAUCUCUGUGAAAGGAUGUAUAGCACAGUUGUAUUUCUUUUCUCUCUUGAUUUGCUCAGAAUGCUAUCUCCUCUCCGUAAUGUCCUAUGAUCGUUUCUUAGCUAUUUGCAAGCCUCUUCAUUAUGCUACUCUUAUGAACAGUAAGUGUUGUGUCCAGUUAGCUGUUAGCUGUUGGGUCAAUGGUGUUGUAUUCGUCUCUCUCUAUUUGAUGCUAGUGCUAGAAAUACACUAUUGUGGUCUCAAUGAAAUUGAUCAUUUUUAUUGUGAGGCAUUUCCAUUAAUAAAUCUCUCCUGUAGUCACAGUACAAUUUUAAGUUUUGUCACACUGGCUCUAGCAUUUAUAUUCAGCUUUCCCCCUUUUCUGUUAACAGUGAUUUCAUAUGUAUAUAUAAUUUCUGCUGUUCUGAAAAUUCCAUCCACCAUUGGCCGGCAAAAGGCUUUUUCCACCUGCUCUUCUCACCUGAUUGUGGUCUGUAUUUUCUAUGGGGCCAUCAUUAUAGUUUACUUAGUACCAAAAAUGGAAACAAUGAAAGUUCUAAAUAAAAUCUUUUCUCUGUUAUAUACCAUUCUGCCCCCCAUAGCCAACCCUCUCAUAUAUAGCUUGAGAAACAAAGAUGUCAAGGAAGUUUUGAAAAAACUGCUGGGAAAGUUGUGGAAGACCAAUUCUAAAUCACCAGGCUGUGCUAUGUACAGAUCAGAGUGGUAG